AUGCGUGAAGAAUUAUUGCAGAAGUUACAUUCUCUUCAGGAGCGCAAACGUCUUAUGUGUUCUCGUUCGACGAAGAUCCGAGAAGUUGAAUUAAAAAGGAAAAUAAUUAACGAUGUUCUAGAAAUUGUGCCAAAUUCAUCAGCGACUGCUACAUGCCUCCGGGCAAUUGAAUUCGAGGUAAAUAAGCAGGAUAUAACUCUGCGACCCUGGAAACAAAGAAAAUUGAUGAAGUCAGUGGAUUCGACAAAUAAAACGUCUCUCCUCGCUUCAGUUGAUAUAAACGCAUCUACUACUAAAGACCUAAGUCGUAUUCAUGCUGAAAGUUUACAUAAAGGCACUUUAGAAUGGCGUCUGAACCACGCAAUCGAUUCUGGGCAGGUUGACCUAGCAGAAAAGAUAAGUGACUCCAUUGGAAAUCAUUUGUUGUCUACAACUUCUUCCGACAAAAAUAUUCAUUUGACUUUGAGCAAGCAAGAUGAAUACAAAGAGGAAUUAAAAAAUCGGCGACCUGUUUGGCUUUUUCAGGCUAAAGAACGGUGGGAAGCGAAAUCGAAUAUGUAGUAAUGUAGCUACCGCAUCCAACAACAUUGGAGAUUGUACGAGGAUCUUAAAAGCCAACAGUUCUGUUAUAGUUUAAUAAAUUUCUAAGGAAUAAACCAAUAUUUUACGCAUAUUUCACAAUAAUCACCUAUUUACAUAGUACCCAACAUUAGAUGCAUUUUACUUAAAACACCACUUUUAUUUGCCAUGGUUUCACCUGUCACGUUUCAAA